AUGCCGUAUUCGUUCAAGUUUGGUGAUGAGUAUAUAGAGUCUACACCGGAAAACUUUGCAGGUAUACUUGCGAUGAAGAGGACUGGAAGUAGAAAGGGUCAAAAGUUGCUAAGAGAGUUUAAGAUAGGAUUUUAUCUUUGUUGUGUACUCUUUUUCGCGGACAUAAAUGCAAGCGCGGCGAAUGUGAAAUUUCUUGCUAUUGUCGAGACUUAUGAGACUGUACUCAAAGUGUCUUGGCCCGAUUUAAUACACGAGUACUUGUUUAGCCAUCUUCUAGAAAAUGAUGGUAGUGUUGCAAACGUCAAAGCUUGUGUUUCGUACCUACUGAUCUUGUUUGCUGAGCACACACCAACAGGUUUAAUCCCCAAAGUUCCGAAGCACGAACAACAAAUCCCAAGGGUUGGAAGGUGGAACGUACAUCAGAUUUCGGAUUUCAUAUCUAGGACAAACAUGACAGAGUUUUCACCAACUGCUAGCUUUGCAGAAGAGUUUUCACAGCUUCAAAAGCAGACUGGUAUAGAAACCGUGGAACCAAGCAAGGAAGAUCUGAAAAGGUGGCUCCGAGAGCAAACAAUUGAGAAUGGAAAACUUAAAUAG